CGCGCCGUCACCCCGUCCCCCGCGUCUACCCUUGGACGGCAUCCCACGAUCCCACGAAAGCGGGUGCGAAUUUACCCAAACCUCUGCCCUCCACCAUCCACGAGACCAUUACAUCACCUGUGCUGGCUCGCCAGUCUUGGGCUUCGAACCUUCCUUGCCCUCGUCACCGUUCAUAACAGCAGUUUCAGGAGACAAACAACGUGUUUUGCCCUCUUUCCCCACGGUCAGACGAUUUACGACCACGGCUGCUCUUCCGACCAAGUGACUCAGAUAAUCCCUAUGCAUCUCGUCAAGGACUUCGUCAAGACCCCAUUUCCUGCAAAUCAAUCACUAGAGGUCCCCAGAGGCUCUGAUCUUACUACCGUCUCCCAGCUUCUCACGCACAGUUCCAACAUGUACGCCAAAGUUCGCGUCCAGGGACGCUCCUGUUUGUCUCAGUAAGCGGGACCGUUACGCACUGUUUGCCAUGGGCUCCUUCAAACGUACUGGGAGGCAUUACAAGCCAUACAAUUACAAAACGAACAAUUACACCUACCAUCUCUGCCUCCGCCAUAGGCUCAUCGCAGAGCAAUUUUCAGAAGCGGAGUUUGAGUGCGACACACUCGGUCGUCGGAUCAUUCUUCCUGGUGAAGAGUCCGAUACGUCGGCAUAAAGGAUAACCAAAAAUGAACGCCCAUGACUUGAGCAGAAAGUCUUGGGAGUCACUUUCUUCGACUUUUUCGCAGCUCGAGAUAUCGCUUUCUCGUGACAGCUGCUAUGCUUCAGAUGAAGUGUCUGUAACCUCUGCUCCACCUGCUGCCACUGAUACGACGAAGAAAAUAUUGGUUGCUACCCCGACUGAGACUCCUAUUCCGAAGUCCAUACUGAAAAGGCCAUACGCCGACAUUGAAGAAGACGAAGAGUCGGAGUCUGGCUAUGCCUCAGAUUCUACAAACGCCGAUGGCAUCUUUGAGGAAUUCGACGACGACAUGUGCGACGAUGUCGAUUGGGACGACACUGAGUCCAGCUGUGUCGAAGACAUUGAGUCUUUUGAUGGCUCGUUUAUAUCAUUUGAAUCUUCGGUACGCUUUGACACCAACGUGCAGUAUAUCGAGCCAUCAGAGUAUCAAGAGGAUGAAAGCUCCGAUGCGGGCAUGACAAGUCACGAAUUAAUGGAACUGGCACGAGCGUCUUACCCAAACAAGUCUCAUGAGGAAACGUACAGCGGUGCGGAAACCAGCGAUAUUGACGACGCCAGCCACGAAGCUAUCGCUGAUUCUAUUGAGCAACUUCCAGAGCAUACCGGCGAUCUUCUUGACCUUGAUAAAAGGCUUUUCGUAGCCUACAUGAACGGCAUUAAUGGAAUUGCGAACCAUGAAUACAAAGCACGCCUUCGUGCUCGGGUUGCAGAUUUCAAAUCGGGUCUUGCCCCGUCGCCAUUCUUGGACCUGGACAGCGCCAACGCACUUUAUCUAGACACAGUACUCAGCCACGUCAUCGGAACUUUUCGCAACAUUGUGGUGAAAGAUGAAUUUUUCGAACUCGUCAGGGCUAGUGGCGAGACCGUGCAUAUUCCUCAGGGAACAAGGCUCAAUCAGGAUAUAUUUGACAAAAUCGAGCGCCUGCUAUGUGAACGGUUGACCGGCGACGGCGUAGACAUCGGCCCUGAUGAGUUGAGCUUUUUUGCCAGCGGCGUCGCCUACGCGCUCGAGAACUGGAGGUGCUACAGCGUCAUUACGCCGUAGAGAUAUUUCGACACGCUCCAACGCUACAAAAAUUUGACUAUGAUGUUGGACGUUUUACGAAGAGCCAUGAGAUGGAAGGCGUUUCAGUGGGAUUUAAAGGCUGAUUAUAUCGUUUCUUAGUGAUAGAGUCCAAAAGUUCUCACGACGAAUCUAGAAUUGCUUG